AUGGCUUGGGAAUUAGAAUUAAAUGCUACGCUUUUGGAAGAGUUAUAUAUUUGGAUCGACAGUAUUCCGUUAUCAAAGCCAAAAAAACGAAUCGAACGAGAUUUUUCCGAUGGUAUCUUGGUAGCUGAAAUUAUUCGAUAUUAUUUACCUGAUCUGGUCGAUAUGCAUAAUUAUACACCGGCAAAUUCAUUUAAUCAGAAAAAGAUCAAUUGGGGCAUAUUAAAUAAGAAAAUUUUGUGUCUUCUAGGGCUUGAUGUGCCCGAAAAAAUCAUUAUUGAUCUAUGUAAUGGAAAACCAGGUGUAGUGGAAAUAUUUUUAUUUCAUUUAAGGUUAAAAAUAGAUGAAGAAAUCGAAAUAAGACAGAAAGGAGAACGACAACAUAUGUCUUCACCACGGCAAUCAUUGCUUGCAUUGAAUAGUGUUAACCCAAAAAAGGAAAACACAAAUAUUGUUUCUAGUCGAUCAUGUCGAUUUAGUAAACCGAUUGGUAAUUUCAACAAUAAAUGGGUCUCACGUUUGGCUUAUGAAGAGUUAAAACAACAAUGCUUACAACAGGACGAAGAAAUUCAAAUACUUCUAGCAAAACUGCGACGAUUAGAACAUGUUGUUCAACUCAAAGAGAUUCGUAUCAACGAACUUUUAUCUAUGAUCGAAGACACUCGACGUAUAAGGCUUUGUACUGUCGGAGCUAGCAAGCAGAAAAAAUAA